UACUAAUGGCUAAUGGUUUUCCGUAGCCAAGUCAGCGUUGAAAUUUCGAAGUUAAAUUUUUAAUUUGUCAAUUUUGAUUUUUACUUUUUCAUCAACUGACUGUAAUACUAUAAUUUAGUCGAAAUGGAAAACUUAUUUAGCAUGUGGAAAGUACGUGAAAUUGCUGAUAAAGUAACAAAUGUUGUUAUGAACUAUACUGAAAUAGAAGCGAAAGUACGAGAGGCGACAAAUGAUGAACCUUGGGGCCCUACUGGUCAAAUUAUGCAAGAACUUGCACACGCUACCUUUACUUACGAACAUUUUCCAGAAGUUAUGUCGAUGCUAUGGAAAAGAAUGUUACAAGAUAGUAAGCAACAUUGGAGAAGGUCAUACAAGGCUUUAUUAUUACUGAACUAUCUAAUUAAAAAUGGUUCUGAAAGGGUAGUUACUUCAGCUAGAGAGCAUAUUUAUGACUUAAGAUCUUUAGAAAAUUAUACAUCUAUUGAUGAUUUGGGAAAAGAUCAAGGUAUUAAUAUUCGCCACAAAGUUCGAGAAUUGAUUGAUUUCAUACAAGAUGAUGACAAAUUAAGAGAAGAACGCAAAAAAGCUAAGAAAAACAAAGAUAAGUUUAUUGGAAUGAGCUCGGACACAAUGGGCAUGAAAUUUAGUGACAGAUGGGAUGACAGAGCAUACAACAAAGAAUACAGCGAAAGAGAUCGGGAUAGAGAUUGGAGCAAUGGUAACAGCACAUAUCGGUAUAAAGAUCGUUCUUAUGAUGAUGAUUAUGAGGCAGAGAGGGAAGAUAGUGAUACAGAAACUAAUCAGAAUUAUCGUAAAUAUAAAGAUACUGAGAGUAUUGGAAGUCCCACUUCACCAGACAAAAGGGUUAAUAUAAAUAUUAAUCCUGCUGCUGUGAAGACCCCCACAAAAACUGCAAAACCGAUCAAAAAGGUAGACUUGGGAGCAGCAGCUGAUUUUGCUAGAGAAGAAAGUCAGAAAGUUAGCACAAACAUUGCAGGCAGUAAUCUUCUUAAUGAUGAUUUUGAUCCUCGUGCAGAGGAAAAUUCCAAUAAUAAAUCGAUUGAGUUUGGAGAUUUUGAAUCAGUUUUUGGAUCGAACACAACCAUUAAACAAAAUAAUGACGACUUUGCAGAUUUUUCUUCUUUUACCACACAAAAUAGUGCUCAAACACCUAAUAACCAGAAUCUUUUACAAAGCGCUACGACGGGUCUCCCUGCUACUGGCUUUACUCAAACACCUAUCAGUUUAAAUCAACCACAACCAGGUCUUGUACAACAUCCAACUGGUUUCAUUCCCCCUCCUGUUGGAGUUACUCAAUCAAUAGGGGGUGUUACUCAAUCAAUAGGGGGUGUAAUUCAACCGUCUGGAUUGACACAACCAGGAAUUAGUUCCGUGCAACCUGCCUCUCUGCCAAAUUUUGUUCAUUCAAACAACCAUUUACAACAGACGGGUCUUUUGUCGAAUGUUCAAAAUCCUCAAAACUCAUCAUCCAAUGCUGAUCUUCUUGGCGACCUUUCAGGGUUCAGUUCACUUAGUUUACAUAGUCCUACAAACACGACUGCAUUAAAUCUAAUGGAUGAAUUUGGUUCAGAAAAAUCGCAUAUAGGAGUGAGUGAAAACGCAAGUGUAGAAAAUAUUGGCAACCCACCUGUUACUGAAACUAUCACCUUGGACUCAGCAACGCAAAACGCUUUAGAUUGUCUGAAAGCAAUUGAUAAAAUAAGUUCGCAGAGGGAUAUUGAUGAAAUUUUAAUACAUUUGUACCAUUUAACUGAAUUUUUACCUGGCCCCUUGACGGUCCAAAAAAUCAUGAAGAUAGACGAAUCUUCUAUUGACUGGGAACUUUACGUAGACAAAGCUUAUGGGCGUAUAUUAGAAGCUUUAACUGAAAAGUUUGAUGAUAAUUUUCCUUAUCAUGAAGGCAAAAUGUAUACAAUUGUCGAAAGAAUCUUCAUUGUAGAAAAUCAGUAUUUUUUUCAAGAAAGCUUAACUAUUUUGGCAAGAAAAUUAAAGGCAACAUCUGACCAAGUUACUACUACAAUUUUAGAUUUAUUGGAGAAAUUACUCAAGAGUGAAGCGCUAUUUGCAUCUGUUGUAAACAAUUGUUUCAUUCAAGAAAAUAACAAAAUCAUAAAUGAAGACAGACGUACAAAAUGGGAGAAUUCUGUUCAAAUACUAAUAUCUCUUCCUAGCAGAGUAGCUAAUGUUACCGAAGGAAAAUUUCCAGACAUUUUGAUUAUUAACAACUAUAGUUACAAUUUAAUUUAUAAUGUUUUGAAGGCAAUAGCUUUUUUCACAAAGAUAAAUCUUAACAAAUUAGACAUACAAAAAAAUAUAGAUUUAUCAUUUAUAGGAUUUUUAUUAAGUAAAAUAUGUAUUCAUUUAAAUGAAUCGCUCAAAUCGUCAAGUCUUAUCGAUUUUAUAAAUGCAAUUUCUACUUUCCCUAAAUCAAAUAUUAUGGAGGUAGUCUUAUCUAAAAUGAACCGAUCGGCUAUAGAAAAAUUUGCAGUGAUUGCUUUACAAAACAUCCCUUAUACUAGCCAUAACAUAAAUAAAAUUUUUAGUACGAAAUUAAUAGAAAAUAAAGAUUGGAAAUACGUUUUGUGUACCAAAAUUCCUUUGCUUUCUCUUUAUACUGAAAAUGACUUAAAUUUGAUGUACAAUUUGAUAUCAUAUCUUGCAAAUGUUUCUGGAACUGAUUUAAAUAAACUUCUUAUUAAUUUGAUUACAACGUGGUCGGAUAAAUCUGCAAUCAACCAUACAAGUGUGGAACAACACAUUUAUAUAACAAAAUUUAUUAUUAUUAUUAUAAAAACAUUAGCUUUAACUGAUGCAUUAAAGUCAGAUGAAACCAGAAUUAAAGAGGAGAUGUAUUUGGGCAUUCCUCUGCAUCUUGAAUGUACAACAAACACAUUAAGAGCCAUAGGGAUGGUUACAGCGGAAAUAGUUCUUAAUUCGCUAAGUAAAAAUGAUAAUAUUAAGCUUGAAUUUGAUUACAGUAAGUUACAAGAUGGUGAAAAAAGAAUUGUUGACGAAAUAAGAAACUUAACAGCAGUAAGUUCUGAAACGCACUCUUUGGAUGAUAAAGAUUAUAAAGCUGAUGAUGAUGAUGUUAUGAAAAUAAUUGCAAAAGUCAAGUCAAAUAUACCAGCUGAAAAGUGCGAGUACACACCACCAGAGAGAGUGUUGAGGAUAAGGCAUCCAAGUAAAAACCUCAGUAAUGAAGUUGUUACUGAAGGUAUAACAACAAAAAAUACGAUAAUAAAUGUAAUUGACAGCGAAGAUUUUGAACUUGAUUCCGAUGAUGAUUUGGAGCCUUAUGACUUAUCAAAUGACGUAAAAACAACUAAACCUCCGCCUGCCUAUUUGAGAGAUUUGCGCGAUGGACUUCUAGAAACAGAUGAUUCUGAAAUAUUCGUGGGUAGUUUAGAAAGCUGCGAAAAACUUGUAAUAUCGCAACUAUCAAACGAUGAUGCGUCCAUCGGUCUUGAGCUUUUACAAAUUCUAAUUUCAUUGGAACAGAAAUUUUAUGUGGAAAAUUUUGACGCAUUAGUAUUCCAAAGUUGUGUCGCUAUAACUUGUGUUUAUCCUAGUUUUUAUGCCGAAUAUUUGUGUAAAGAAUUUCACGCAAAUGCCGGUACUUAUUCUAUCAGUCAUCGAAUUCUUUUACUAGAUAUUCUAAAAACCACGGCACAAACUUUAUCAAAAUUAAACCCUGAAAAAAAAGCAGAGAAUCCCAAAUUGAAAUCUAUAAAACAGAAAAAAACUGAGGCUGAGAUGGCAGAAGAAAUAAUUCGCCAACGAUUAGAAAGUAAAACCAGACGCUUUAUACAUCACAAAUACUAUACUUUUGAACAGAUUAACAAAUUUUCUGAAUGUGCUGGAUCUUUUUUCUUCCCUUUAUUACAUGCUUAUGGCAACUCGCCUUUUGUAAAUUUUACGCCGAAAUACGAUAACGAUCAUAUUUUACUGGUUCACUUUUUGGACACCUUGGCUGCAAUAAUGUGGGCAGCUCAAAACUGUCCCAUAAUUCCACGAAUGGCAAAAGAAUUAUUCAAUUUAGCCUGGGCUCUACGGUAUCAUAAUGAAGUCCGAGUUCGGAUGGCCAACUUAAACUUAGUUGCUAGUGUAGUUAUAAGUGUUCCUAAAACAAUUUUACAAGCCGAAUUUUUAAGCGACCUACUUGAAUUCAGGCUAUGGCUGGCGGACGUAUUAAGCCCCAAUAUUCAAAGAGGAGAAGCUAAUUCAGAAUGCAGAUUAUUAGCUGCACAUGCGAUUGCUUUAAUAGAAAAUGUCUUAAAAGUUGAUAUUACUGAUGUGUAUAAUUAAAAUUUGUAAAUCCUUUAAUUUUUAAGUAAUAAGUAAAAUCGAACUAAUAAUAAGUUACUUUUGUGUCUUAUUUUAUACGUUUUUAAUAAAGAGAAUCGCGUCAUUCUGAAUUCACAUUAAACGGCGAACAUCGGCCAGUGCUGACACCAUUCACUCGCUUGAACGAGUUACAUGUUCGAUAAAUUUUAGACUGGUUGUUAACUUUAUAUUGUUAAAAUUUUACUCUUGACGCGCUAAAAGUGCAACUUAAAAAAUAUGCAAUUUUAAUAAUGAUAUUUCUCAAAACUUUAAUACUAGCAAAUGAAGAAUUGUAAUAAUUUUACUUUAUAGAAUAUUAAAUGUAUAUAGACGCACCUUUUUGUCUAAUAAUUAUUGAAACUCUUAUAACA